GCAGAGUUCAGACAACCUUUUAAGAGGUUAUGUACUACUGACUGUGACAAGUUUGUAUUGCUUUAAUAACUAGAUCUGGGAUUUCCAUUCACUGUAGUCUACAGAUUGCAAAUUACAUUUUAGGCUGAUCUAAAGAAAAGAAAAAACAAAAUCUGCAUUACAGUAUGGUCAACUUUCGGCACUCCAGAUGUUGUGGACUAGAUCUCCAUAAUGCUCUUACACCCAUAACGUUUGCAAAGCAUCAUGGGAGGUGUAGUCCACAACAUCUGGAGUGCCGAAAGUUGCCUAUGCCUGGUCUAGAAUGAUAAAGGCGAGAGUUUCCACAUUAGUACCUGCAAGUUUUAAACGUGUAAUCGUAAUGAGCCACAGAAGCAUCUUGGAGGUGCAUAAAUGUGGGCCAAUCGGAGACUUCUGGAGUAGGUGGCAAGGUUGAGUACCUCUGCCAUCAAUGUAGGAAGUAUGUAAACCAGCUGAGUGACUUAAAUAGGUUUAUAUAGACAUUUUUUAAAAUUCAGGAUUUUAGUAGACUAGACUUAAUAUAGAGCGGUGAAUGUUUGUUUACAAGAACUUGUAGGACCAGUGGUAAUAAAAUUAAGAUUCUGGAAAGUCAGAGGAUCAGACAUUUGAUGUAUGCAAACUCACCUCACCAAAUACUAUGGGCCUUCUAGAUUUGAACUUUGUUAAACAUUCAUAAUGGUUUUCCUUUUCCAUUUUAGACUGUCCAUUAUGUACAAAAUACAAUAAAUACGAAUUGAAAGACAUUGCUGGUCAGCAGGUUUACUCUGCUACAGAAGAAAACAAUUGCUGCAAUAAAUACUUCUUCGGUGGCUUACGUCCAUUCACCAUGACAAUAAGUGACAAUCUGGGUUGUGAAGUAAUCAGGUUAAUCAGACCUCUCCGGUGUUGGACUACUACAUGUCGUCUACAGAGUGUAAGCAAUACUGUUUAUCAGUGGUUGUCAGCCCUCUGAAACAAGUCACGCUACACACCAAACAGGUAGUUUGGAAACAUGCCGGCUCACUUCAGCCCCUGAACUUAAUUUCAGUUCUAAGUCCAUUGGCUUCAGAUUUCCUUAUGGUGUUAAGCAGUUUUAAAAACUGGGUUAAUACUGAAGGUCAGUGCUUGGGUGGCACUCCUGUUAUUAGGAAAUUAUUGGCUUGACAGCCAGGUGCAGGCAAGGGGCAGCUGGCAAGUUUCCCAUCCAAGCUGGAUUGGGAAUGCACUGGUAUACUGCUUUAUCCUCACAAUGCAAGCCCUGGCACCAUGCUAUCCACUACCAUAGGACAUUAAGAAUUUUAAAUGUGGCACAAGGCACUUAGAGUGGUACCCAUGCAGAUAAGCAAAGCACUUGGCUAUUCACAUCAACACAAAUACUCCAGACACUACAUAUUACACUGCAAGUUCACAUUAGUUCACUGAGAGAAAGGUUUGGAAUGUUGUGACCCUGUUAACCUGUAGGUUUCAGAAGUUAGAGAGUUUGUAAAUUAAGCAGAUGUUUAUUACUCUUCAAUUUAUUCUUCAUUUCCAUUUGUACGUAGCUUGAAGUGCAGUCUCCUCCAGGAACAACUAUUGGUUAUGUAAUCCAGAACUGGAGUCUGUGUCGACCCACUUUUACUAUCCAAAAUGAAAACAAUCAGGAUGUUUUUCGGGUAACGAGAACCAUGGGCUUAUGUUCACCUCUUUCAUUUAAAGUAAGUUUAUUUAUCUCCGUUAAACUAUCCAUUGCAAGUCACAGCAAACUCCUUCCCAGCAGACAUAUGGAGUCUCACAUUUACACAAAGUUAUAGAAAAAAAAAUAUAAAUGAGUUUGUCUAAAUGUGCAAGGCAUUUUAGAGUUUGUACACUUAUUGGCAAUUUAAAGCAUGCCUACUCAACAUUUGAUCAGAAAAAAAAAAUAAAAUUUUAUUUUCACUUGUUUUAUAUAAAAAAAAAAAACUGUUCCUGUAAAACACACGUCAAGGUUUUCAAAGAAUCAAAGACGAGAAGAUGUAGAUUCAAAACUGCGUUACACAGGAGACAAAUUACUCCUAACACUUUAGUGUGAGUUAUUGUGUUCUGGAGCCCUCUAGAGCACAAUAUAAACUUGUCCAACUUUCCCCAUCCCUGGCUUACCAAGUCACUUAUACCAGAUUUGCGUACCAGUUCAGACCACAUGCUCCAUUCUCAAUUGUGAAUUCCUCAGUUUCUCCUAUCCCUUUAUCACAGAUCACCCCUGUUUUAAGUCUAGUGUAAGUGUGGCUGUGUGUAUUUUGUCCAGCAUGGUGCGAGUUCAUAAUGAGAACGCAUGGUGUGUAAAUCCUGUAGUUUUAUUUUGAUAUAAUUUGUAUAAAUGGUCUAGUUUAGCAUGUAUUUGUGGGAAUGCAUGACUAUGGAUGUAUGUGGUCUAUUAACAGAAAUGCAGUAUGUGAGCCUACAGGUGUUUCCAAUGCAGAAUAUUUUACCAACCCACUAGCAGAUUUAGGAUUUAACCCCUUUGGGUUAGGCAAUCCUACAGUAUCCCAAAUACAUGGGACAGUCACAGGCUAAAAUUGCUUGCUAAGCGAUUAGUGAUACUAACACCUAGUCCAAAUUGUUUUUAUUUAAAUAUAUACACACACACACACACACACACACACUAACUUGGAGUUUCCCCUUUAUGGACUGUUCACUGGAGACCUGAUGAGGGUCUGCCUGUUUCAUGGGAUCUUUCAUAUCUGGGGUCACAUCUAUUUUCCUUACUUUAGGUAAAAACCGUAGAGCAGAGAUCAGAGGUGGGGAUGAUUAACAUGCGUUUUUUGCGUCUGGGUAUGUGCACAUACAACAAAGAUUAUGAGAUCCAGUUUCCAUUGGACCUGGACGUGAAACUGAAAGCUCUCCUGCUUAGUACAGGCCUUUUAUUUGUGAGUUUACUUUUCCAACACCAUUUACAUUGAUUGUAUCUGUUCAAGUGCACCCAAAAUUAUUUUGCUACCUAUACUCCGUGAGCUUUCCUACCACCAUAACCACUGUAGAACCUUUGGUUGUGGCAUUUAACUUGUUCUUUCAGAAACCAUCUUGUUGAGAGGUUUUUAAUAAACAAUUGACAAUUAAACUAAAUAAAUAUGUCCCUACAAGUAGACCCCUAGAAAAAAAACAUCAAGUUGAAUCAGAUAUCAGGACAAGACAUCAAAACAGACUACAAAUAGUCUCCACUAUGGCAUCAACUUGUUAAAUAUUGCUGUAUCCAUGUUGCCAAAAAAAUAAAUAAAAAAAUCAUGACUUGUAUGAAUGCAAAUCUGGGCUAAAUAGAGUUAAGACUCUACUGCUCUCAAUGUCCAUUUCCUCCCUCUCAAUCCAGUGUAGAGACCAACGCACUGUUACAGCUUCCUAAAACCUAAUGACAGAUAAGAACCAGUCGGCCCAUCUAGUCUCCCCAAUAUUUCAAAAAAUACUUUUAAUUAGUCCCUGGCCUUAUGCCUAUCCCAUGCAUGCUUAAACUCCCUCUCUUUUUCACAUCUACCACUUCAGCUGGAAGGCUAUUCAAUGCAUCCACUAGCCUUUCAGUAAAAGUAAUACUUACUGAUUGUUAAACCUUUGCCCCUCUAAUUUAAGACUGUCCUCUUGUUUAUAUGCCAUUCUAGUCAUUAGAACACAUUUGCAUUAUGGAUACAUUAUUAUACAUACAAGUAGCACAGAUGUACCAUCAUUAAAACAAUGCUUACACACAUUUAACUCAUCUGUUUCUCCUUCAGGAUUUCCUAUUCUAUCAAAGAAAUGGCUAAAAAUGGAACCAGAGUGUUGGAGGAUUUUCCCAUGGGACUAUUGUGAUUGAAUUCUCCAAGGAGAGGCACACCUGGUUUAUUUUGCUUUCACCGCCCUUUACUUAUACUGUGUUCUCAUUUUACUUUAUCAAUCAAUUGAGACAGCCAGUAAUAGACGCAGCAGAUGUUAAUGUCGGACUGUGUGGAUGUAUUAUCUGCAGCAAUACUACAAGAAUAUAUAAAAUAUAUCCAUGUAUACAUUCAUUAUGUCUAUUCUAACUUUCAUUGCAAUAUGCAGAAACAAUUAACCUGGCUAACUUGUACCCAGGUAGUUAAAAAAAAAAAAAAAAAAUUAAU